AUGUUGAUGAUUUAUGCUAGUGUUCAUCAUGUUCAUUUAACAUCAGUUUUACAAUGGACAGAACAUCAUGUUUCAGCUCGUAUAUUUUGGUCACCAUAUAUUAUUGUUUCUCAAAUGUCACUUUAUCAACAGAAUUUAAUGAAUGUCGUUACGAUACUUAGUUUUGUAGAACUAGCAUGUGAUCCAAUAAUUGUUGCAGCAUUAGAUAUUCGUUUUUGGCAUCAAUGGCGAAAACUCGGAAUUCGUGUACAAACUACUAUAUUCGUCGAUCGACACAAUCGUAGACGAAUUUAUCCUUCAACAGUGAAUCUCAAUUGA